CACAAUCCCCUUCAUCCUUCCUGUAUGGUGGAUAUUAUUUUCAGCUCUUCUUUCUUGGGUGAUAUGGGGGAUCAUUCCAAAAAGAAGCCAGGAUUCGCGAUGUGUGUCGGAUGUGGAAGUCAGAUCCAUGACCAGUACAUACUGAGAGUGUCUCCCGACCUGGAGUGGCAUGCAGCCUGCCUCAAGUGUGCCGAGUGCAGCCAGUAUCUGGACGAGACGUGCACUUGUUUCGUCCGGGACGGAAAAACUUACUGCAAACGAGACUAUGUAAGGCUGUUUGGAAUAAAAUGCGCAAAAUGCAACCUGGGAUUUAGUAGCAGCGAUUUGGUGAUGAGAGCCCGGGAUAAUGUGUACCACAUCGAGUGUUUCCGCUGCUCGGUGUGCAGCCGGCAGCUGCUGCCGGGAGAUGAGUUCUCCCUGCGGGAAGACGAGCUGCUGUGCCGGGCGGACCACAGCCUGCUGCUGGAGAGGAACGCCGCAGGAAGCCCUCUGAGUCCCGGACACAUCCACCCCAACAGACCGCUGCACCUAGCAGCAGACCCGGUGUCGGUGCGACAGGCCCCUCAUAGGAACCACGUGCACAAGCAGUCCGAGAAGACAACGCGGGUCCGGACGGUGCUGAACGAGAAGCAGCUGCACACCCUGCGGACCUGCUAUAACGCCAACCCGCGGCCGGACGCGCUCAUGAAGGAGCAGCUUGUGGAGAUGACCGGCCUGAGCCCCCGGGUCAUCCGAGUCUGGUUCCAGAACAAACGGUGCAAAGACAAGAAGAAGUCGAUGCUGAUGAAGCAGCUCCAGCAGCAGCAGCACAGUGAUAAGACUGUAAGCAUCUUCAACCUGCAGGGCCUCACAGGGACACCUCUAGUGGCGGGGAGUCCUAUCCGACAUGAGAGCACUGUGCAGGGGAACCCGGUGGAGGUGCAGACCUACCAGCCUCCAUGGAAAGCUCUGAGUGAGUUUGCCCUGCAGAGUGACCUGGACCAGCCCGCCUUCCAACAACUGGUGUCUUUCUCUGAAUCGGGAUCUCUCGGGAACUCCUCGGGCAGCGACGUGACUUCUUUGUCCUCUCAGUUACCGGACACCCCCAACAGUAUGGUACCCAGCCCGGUGGAGACGUGAAACGGGGCCGGGUCC